GUUGAAACGACAUGUUUAGUUAGUCCAUGUGCUGCAUAUCUGAUGUGAAGUUCGUGGCGGUAUCGAAGUGUCGUCGAUGAAGUGCGUUUUAUUAAUUACUUACAUUUGUGUGUAAUGAUUACUUCCUACGUGACCGCGGUUGUUUCACUUUCAACGUUUAAAAAUUUUAAUAAUGUAUUUGAAAUAUCGUAAUUCAAGUUCUUCGAAAAAUUGUAAAAAAGAAGGAUGACGAUAUGUUACCUUAUAUGAAACGCUCGGUUCAAGCGACAUGUGUCAUUAUUGUCAUUUUUUAUAUGACGUUAUUGGUUUAUUAUAGACAGCGAAGCAUCAAUGAUUAUAAUCAACAGGUUCCUGCAAAAUGGCGAUCUUCUCCAGAAGAAGACAAUUACCAGCCUGUUGUUAAUAAUAAAAGCGAAAAAACACCUAAUACGAUUCAAUUUUACACCGAUAUCACAGCGACACCCGUUUCUGCCACUACCUACUUGGAGGACAUCUUCAUUAGUGUAAAAACUACGAAGCGAAAUCAUAAUACCAGAUUAAAGUACAUUCUGAAAACUUGGUUCCAGUUGGCAAAAGAUCAGACGUGGUUUUUUACCGAUGUGGAGGAAAAACAAUUACAGAAAUUAACAAAUAACCAUAUGAUAAAUACGAAUUGUUCCGCAUCUCAUAACAGGAAAGCGCUGUGUUGCAAAAUGUCAGUUGAAUUUGACACGUUCUUGUAUAGCAAUAAAAAAUGGUUUUGCCACUUCGAUGACGACAAUUACGUAAACGUUCCAAGACUGUUAGAAAUGUUAUCGAAUUAUAAUCCAAAAAAAGACUGGUAUUUAGGAAAACCCAGUAUUAGGACGCCUUUAGAAAUUCUAGAUAAAGCGUAUCCGAGCUUAAAUAAAAUAAAGACGAAUAUAACAUUUUGGUUUGCCACCGGUGGUGCUGGUUUCUGUCUCAGUAAAUCAUUAGCUUUGAAAAUGGUGUCAGUUGCGAGUGGAGGAAGAUUUAUGACAAUUGGAGAAAAAAUUAGACUACCUGAUGACGUUACCAUGGGAUACAUAAUUGAAUAUUUAUUAGGUAAACCUUUAACUGUGAUAGACGAAUUUCAUUCCCAUUUGGAACCAAUGAAAUUUCUCCAACAAGAUACAUAUCAUAAACAAAUUACGUUUAGCUAUUCGAAUUUAGGAAAAGAGGAAGAAAAUACCAUUAAAAUUGAUGGAUUUGAUGUUGAUAAGGAUCCUACCAGAUUUUUAUCUCUACACUGUUAUCUUUUCCCACAUUUUUCCAUGUGUUCCAGAUCGAAAUAGAAGUCGCGGAAAUAGUAUUUAUAACCUAUCUAUGUAUGUAUAGUUUUGUUUACCGGAAACUUUCGUUUUUUAGAAGCUAAUGUAAAAUGUCUUUGACAGAUUAUUUAUCACUUGUUGCUCAAUUUUCAUUAUUGUUUUAUUUUAUAUUAAGUUAGUAUAUCAAGUGCAAGUGAUUUUUGCUAUUUUGUGAAUUAUGAUUUGUUUUUUUUUGAUAUUCUGAUGCCAUUUGUUUUAAAAUUUAUUUCUACUCAUAUAAUAUUUAAUCUCGCGUUUUUGUUUUAUUUUACACCAAAAUACGAUCUAAGAAUCGAAAUGAUGUGCAUUUUUUUUUAAACAAAAAAAACAACUGAUUUGUUUUCAUAGUUUUUAAUUUUUAUAGAAUAAAAUGUUAUCGUUCCAAGUAUACGAUAUGCGACUGUAUCGAAUUAACUAUAUCACUUAGUCGUUUAUAUUUUUUGUACCAUUGUUGAAAAUAUUUUUUAGACUGUGAUAUUUAUAUUUUAAGUUAAUGUGUAAGUUUUUUGUGUUUUUUUGUUUUUUAUUCAAUUUUUAUGUUGUUAAAAAUAACACCGUAUGCAGUAUACUACGUACUAUGUAACGGGGUUCUUUUCGUUAUUUCUUGAUUUUUUUUUUCAUUUAUGAAUACGAGAUACUUUGAAUUAUCCAUUGAUAAUAAAAUAAUAAAAUCAAAAUUAAUGUUACGAUUCUUUAUUGAAUAAGAAUUAUUGUUGUUUUCGGAAUGAUAGCAACAUUUUUUUUGAUUAUUUGAAAAAAAAAAUAAUUUAUAGAAGAAAAGAUGUUUUGAAAAAAUUAUUUUUGGAAAUUGAAAGAAAAAAGUUCUUGUUUACGUAUUUUUACUUGAUACAUAGUAUUUCAUCAAAUUAUAAAAAUCCUAUUUUUCGUGUCGUCAAAUGGCUAAGAAAAAUUGUCAUUGUAUUCACCGUAUUAUAAACAUAACUUAUUAUUCCGGUUUUUCAUUUUUUAUUUUGAAAAAUUCAAUUUUAAAAAGAUUAUAUUUUUGAAAACUAUUUCUCAUCUCUUGGAGUGCCAUUACUUGGUGUCCCACUUAUCUUCUGAACAGAUAUUACUGUUAUAUUUAAGUUACAGUCAUUAAAAUCUUACCUAUGUAUACCUUGAACUAUGAAUAAAUUUUCAGAAAACAAUAUAAAAUCAUUUUAUGCUAUCAAAUUUUCAAA